UAGACCACACGUGAUACUCUGCUGGUGGACAUGUCACAAGCGAGGGCAAUGCUCUUGGCGGUGUUUUGAACCACAUCCCUCAGCUCUCCCUUGCCUUGUCCUCUACUACCGAAUUGCCUCUUACGACAUUUACAUCCCAUUCUUCUAACGCACCUACUUCUCUAAUUCACGAAAAAUGUCCGACUACAGUCCACUCGACGACCACGCGCCCUCGUCGCCGCAGCAGCACCCGCACCAAAGCAAGGAGGAGCACAGCACAUCGAGCUACCCGUCGCACCCAUACUCGUCGGGAUAUGGCAGCUCAUACACGUCAUACCAGAACCAGUCGGUAUCGCAGGUGAUCGAAGUUUCACCACCUGCGGCCGGCGGGUACUCGGGGUACGGCGAGCCAUCGGCAGGGCCCUCGACGUUCAGCUCGCAGGAGGGCGGGCAGCGAGUUAGCCGAUACGAGACGUCGCUGUCGCUUCGGUACGACGUCGAGGCAGCGCUGGCAUACGCGCUGGGUAUGUUUUCAGGUAAGCUCCAGGGUUCUGCGCUGCCUAUAUGGCUCGCAGUUUUUCUUUCUGCAAGGUGGCUUGAAGGGAACCUUAUUAGAACACAAAUGCCUGCUAAAAGGGCCAUUUCGGUCCCAACCCUCUCUCCCUCUCCCUCGCUUCCAUUGUGCCGGGGUGACACAAUUGUAGGUGCUUUCCUGCUGGUCUUUGAACGGAAAAACGACUAUGUGCGGUUCCACGCAUGGCAGUCGGCGCUGUUCUCUGUCGGCGCGGUUCUGCUACUGAUCGUGCUGGCGCUGGUCUCGAGUUUCUUGUACUGGGUCACUCUGCUGGCGACUAUCGGAUGUCUUGGGUACAUGGCACGGCGGGCGUAUAUUGAUGGUGCCAUUUUUGAGCGAUUCGCUCUGCCGUAUGUCGGCCAGAUUGCAAUGCAGUUUGUUGAUGAGGAGUAGAGUUUUGUCUAUUUCGCA